AUGGGUGUUAUACUACAAGACCAGGUGGCUCUGGUAACUGGGGCCUCCAGGGGAAUCGGUCGGGGGAUUGCUCUCCAACUUGGUGAAGCUGGCGCUACAGUAUACAUUACUGGAAGACGGCCAGAGUUAAGUGACAACUUCGGGCUUGGCCUGCCGUCAUUGGAGUAUGUUGCAAAAGAAAUCACUAACCGAGGUGGGAGAGGGAUCGCGUUGUAUGUCGACCAUUCGAACAUGACCGAAGUGAAAUUCUUGUUCGAAAAAAUAAAAGAAGAGCAGGAUGGACGACUUGAUAUACUGGUGAACAAUGUAUAUAACUCGUUGGGGAAAGCCACGGAGAUGGUUGGGAAACCAUUUUUCGAUCAUGACCCAUCAUUUUGGGAUUCGAUUAAUGAUGUUGGGCUGAGAAACCAUUACUAUUGUGCCGUGUAUGCAUCGAGAAUGAUGGUAGAGAGACGCAGAGGGCUUAUUGUGAAUGUCGGAUCGUUGGGUGGCUUGAAAUAUGUAUUCAAUGUUGCGUAUGGAGCUGGAAAGGAAGCACUGGCCAGAAUGUCAACAGACAUGGCUGUGGAGCUCAAUCCCUACAAUGUUUGCGUCGUUACUCUUAUUCCCGGUCCCGUGAAGACUGAAACGUCGCUUCGGAAAAAUGUGGAAGAUUUUAUGAAAGAAGACACAGAGGAGUAUGUGAAAGGAGAGUCCACUGAGUUUACUGGAAAAGCGUUGGCUCGGUUGGCGAUGGAUCCGGGGAGACUGAAAAAGUCUGGGAAGACUUUGUUCACAGAGGACUUGGCGCAGAAGUAUGAUUUUACGGAUAGAAUUGGAAUGGAACCGCAAAACAUCCGAAGCGUCCGCACGAUUCUUGGGACUAUGGGGAAACCAGAAGUGGCAAAGUUUAUUUCACCAAAGAUAAAACUACCGAAAUGGGUCAUCUGGCAAAGUGUGAACCGCUUUUAG